CUACCUGCCAACCAUGUAAGCAGAGUGAGUAGCGAGUGUUGGGCCUCCGGUUUCUCAUACACGGCUGUCGCAAAAAACAAUUUUCAGCAAGCCGGCAGGCGAGGGAGGCUUUGGAAACGUUAUUUUUUUAUGCAUGGAUCGUGACAGGAUAUAUUAUGGAUGAUGAUAUGAAAGAAAUGAUAUGGGAAAGCGAACACAACUCCACGGUCAAAGCACAUCGUAAAGAUUCUUCUCGGGAUUCCUCAUGCGCUUAUUCGUUUCAGCUUACUCCAUUGAGAUACAGACCUAUGGAGAGACCAGCAAUAAAUUCUCUUUCAAAACCACAUUUUUAUAAAGAGAUAUCAAAGCCUGGGAAGUCCAUCGCUGCAGUGGACAAAUCGAUGUUCACGCCGUCUUUUGAUCUCACGAAAGCGAAACAGAAUGGCAGCAGUCAUUCCUCUAUAUUUACAGCACAAAGCACGUCCUCUCGGAGUCCGAGACCCCCCAGGAAUAUUUACACAGACUCCACAAAAGUCAGCGGGCCCUUAAAUACCGUUACUGGAAAGUGUUCUCCCACUUCUGGUUUCGAAAAGUUGUUUCCCAUCAAAAGUGCUUCAGCUUCUUGGAGCGGAACGUGUCGGAGAAGUCCCAAAAAAGCUCAUCGAAGACAUGUCAGUACGGUGGAAGAAACUGUCCGCGAGGAAGAAAAAGAAAUUUAUAGACAAUUACUUCAAGUGGUGACGGGGAAAACGUAUUUGUCCACAAAAUCAACCUUCCUCCCUCCGCAAAUAUCGCGGUGCCUGAGUUCAAGUAACAGUAUUUCAGGGCCGCCCGGCGCUUCGAGUCUCAGUUCUCUAGAACCUUCCAGUUUUGAGACAGAAUCUGUAUACCAGCCGUCGUUUAGUUUUUUGCAGCCACCAGCUAUAGAACCACUGUUACACAGCAGCACAGACUUAAUUCCUGCCUGUGAAUCCGAAGCCUUUACUAAUCAUCAGCACUACGAAGAAUACAAUAACACCAGUCAACCGCAAUCUGAAGGUUCUGGUUCCGAUUCAGUGAUUAUAAUUGAUUCUGUUUCUCAAGAGAGAGACACUCCAAAUCCAUCAAUUUUCCAAACAUUACUCUGGAUCAAAGAAAUCUCGAGCAACUAUGAUUCCAGAGCAAGGGAAAGAAGGCGACAGAUAGAAAAGGAAAAGGCACGUGCGUUACAGUUGCAGAGUGAGAGGUUGCAGGACAGCUCUGUACAACAGUCCAUAGACUUACAUCUGCGUGUGCCCCUUGAAAAAGAAAUACCGGUCACGUUGCCUCCAAAGCAAGACGAUGAGCAAGAAGUGGAAUUUCCAGAACUCACGGAGGAGAUGGAGAAAGAAAUUAAACGUGCCCUUUUUGGAGGCAGCCAAGAUCAAAUCUUAAGUGAGGGAUUUCGUUUGACUAUUACCCGUAAAGAUAUUAUGACUCUCCAUAAUCUGAACUGGCUAAAUGAUGAGGUUAUUAAUUUUUAUAUGAAUCUCUUGGUGGAAAGGAGUAAGCGGAAGGGCUUGCCGAAAGUUCACACAUUCAACACUUUCUUCUUCCCCAAGCUCAAAAGUACUGGCUACCAAGCAGUGAAACGAUGGACAAAAAAAGUGGAUAUAUUCUCUGUGGAUAUGUUGCUGGUGCCGAUUCACCUCGGUGUGCACUGGUGUUUAUCAGUUAUAGACUUCAGGAAAAAGUCCAUCGCGUAUUAUGAUUCCAUGGGAGGUUUAAACAAUGAAGCAUGCAGGUUAUUACAACAGUAUCUAAAACAAGAAAGUUUGGACAAAAAGGGAGUCAGUUUUGAUACAAACGGCUGGGUUUUGACCAGCAAGAAUAGUGAGGAAAUCCCACAACAGAUGAACGGCAGUGACUGUGGAAUGUUUGCCUGCAAGUAUGCGGAUUACAUUACCAAAGACAAAUCAAUCACCUUUACUCAGCGUCACAUGCCAUACUUCAGAAAAAGAAUGGUUUGGGAAAUCAUUCACCAGAAACUGCUUUAAAAUGUCAUAGGAUUCAAGCAAGAAUGGGGACAAAUUGAUGACGUUUCAGAACAGAAUGUUAAUUGGACCAAGAAAUGUUUGAUAUUUUUCUCCACAAGUUUACAAUUGUAAAGUAAAUGAGAAAUAUUUAUGGCUAGUCUCCAUAUUUUUAAUCAUGUUGCCAAAUUUUCUGACCUUGUCUUUUUUUUGUAAAUUCCUGUGUGAAUAUUGGCGGAGAACCGGUUUUUGUUUUGAGGAACAUCAACGCCUACUAAAGGAAUCCUUUUAGACCUGUCCUUCGGUGUUAAUAAGUACAUCUAUUGGGAUCCGAAGAUGAUAAUUGACAGAAUUACUAUUCAAAGACUUGCCUUACAAUUGUAUUUCAUGGUUAUUGCAAAAGAUAUAUUAUUUAAUUCGAAGGGUUCCAUGUUUAAGUUAAAGGUUUCCAGCACUAUUUGCUCUGUUAAUGAGCAUUCAUUAUUUGUAUUUUGUAUAAAAAAAGUUUAUAUUUCCACGAUUGUAAACUACUACUGUUUUAUAAAGUAUUGUACUUAAGUGUUGUGGCGCAAACCGUUUUCUUAUUUUUUGUAUAAGGUUACAUAUACAGGAUGUUGAGGGUUUUUUCGACUUGGUUUACUAAAGUAAAGUUUUACUACUUGGAACAUGAUUGUACUUAUGUAUAUUACUAGUCAACUUUCUUUCGUAGUUUAGUUAUAAAGUACCUGUAAACUUUAUUUUUAACACUUAAGAAAAUGAUUAAACAAUGCUUACCUGUGUAAAAAGCAACGUCUGCACACUUAAGUUUGAAGAAAAAAAAUCUUACGCACAGUCAGUCACUUCCGAUUACCAUUUUUUUUCCUCUUGUCAGAGAAAGAAGAUGGCAGGAAGUAAUUGGUGGGGUAAGGGUUUUUUUUAAUUAUUAUUUGUGUUUCUUAAUAUCACAAUUGUGUAAACCUUCUUUUUCAUGUGUUAAAAAUAAAGUUACAUGGUAGUUUAAGUUUCUGGCCUACCUCAAUUCUGCUAUCUGGAAAAUUGCUGAUUACCAAGUAUAAACAGUAGGAUAAACGUUUUGCUAGGUUAUUUGGUGAUAUCAACUUGACAUUGAGUGUGAGAGAGGAGCUGAAGGCUAAAGAGCAUCUUUUGGGAAGAAAGUUAUUUUUCUAAUACUUUUUUUCCCCUGUGCGGGAAGUGUUUAUUCUUUUUCAUUAUCAAAAACUUGUAUAGCAACAAUUUUGUGGUUUUGAUCCCCAACGAUCAGGAUUUUUUUUUUUUUAUACCUUUUCUUGUGAUAAUAUUGGAUGGCUAUUUUAUAACUUAAUAAAACGUGAAACCUG